UUUUAUGCCAGUCUUUCAUGAACUACGUAGUGUAACGUAACUCCUAAACUAACACAAUUAAAUGCGCGAUAAUACAUCCAUCCAAGGUAUACGAAAGGAAAUUCUAUUUACAAAACAGUUUGAGAUAAAAGACAAUUCAGUGAAGAAGUGUGAGACAAGAUGUAACUGAAAUAAGAUAAAAAAAAUACGAUAUGAACGACCUACGCGGAUUUUUGUUCCUGAUGCUCUUCGGGUUACCUCUAGUAGCAACAGUGAACCUCGAAUGUCGAACUCAUUUCAAAUGUCUCGAUGCGACACAUUUCCAUAUUUGCGUAGAUUUUGGAGAUGGAAAGUUAACUGCAAUUGAGACUCUGAAAUUCGCUUGUCCAUCGGACAUGGUUUGUGAUGAGAAUAAUAACGAUGAGUGCGAUUUUCCACGAAUUACGACGAUAACGCAAAUAAGUACAGAAGCCGUUUUCGACGAGAAAAUUAUAUCAUCAGAAACCCCGACUAUAGACCACACGACUGCACAUCCAAACAAAAUCACAACAUCGCAAGAAAGGACAAUUGCGGAUAAAACGAGUACAGAAAAUCUAUCAGUCAAAACUAGUGUAUCAAUACCGGCUCAGCAGAGUGAUUUUACGAAAUGGUAUGCAACGAUUACUUCGAGGGACAUAAGUACGACUGAAGAAAUUGAACAUAUAAAUGUAAAAAGUACAAUAGCCGCGACAAAGGCAACAAUUAAUACUGAGCCAUUUUUAUCGACAAUGACUUACUUAUAUAACUCUGAAAUAGUAUCCGAUCCUGAAAAUACGACGAUAGCAAGCACCACUCAGGAAAGUAUACAUUCAAAUGUAUCGACGAGUCAUAUAUCAACACAAACAAAUGUAUUUGUUAAUAUUUCAUUCGAUUCUUUAAAUAAUAUUGUAGAAACGACAGACAUGGAUGCAAACAGACACAAGACAUAUGAGGAUGAAAGUAAUACUACACAGUUCUCGUCAGUGAAACCUGAAAUUACAACAGAAGUAACUAAUAUUUCAAACUUCGAUUCAUUGACAUUAGUUAAUCUUGUUUAUAUUGAGAACACGACAACAACAGAAAGUAGCGUACAAAAAGAUAAAUAUACACAACAUGAAUACAACAUGUCAACUAAUAGAUUGACAAAAACAACUGUAAUGAACUCCACAAAUCAUUCCACAGAGUUUGAAGAAUUUACUUAUAAAAUACACCCAAGUACGAAUGAAAUGUCAAAGAAAACCAAUAAGACUACAGAAAGUAAAGAAAACAAUUUGACUCAGAACUACAUAGCAACAGAAAAUGUAAAAUAUACGAGGAUGGCAACUACGACCGAUCCAAGUCUAAAAACAAAUUCAAGCAAUAUAAAAGCUUUAGUACAGUGGACAACCACCAUUUCGCCUGAUAUCUUACUACUUACUACUCAUACUAAUAAUGAAGGUUACGAUUCCGUUAUCACGAUGGACAAUAUGACUAGUGAAAGUAGACACACUAGUCAAACAAAAGAUUUUUCAAAAUUUACAGCUGAUAAAGCAUCAGAAAAUGAGACGACUUCUACGGUAAAUUACUUUCUUUCCACUAUCAUAACAGGCGCAGUUGAAAAAAGUCUACGUUCCAGAAACAGUCAAACAUUUCUCACAGAAGCAACGACCGAUAAUUCUACUGAAAAAAAAUUAUAUACAGAAAUAAUUAGUACAACAGGUUUACCAAAUACAAGUAUUGAAGCAAGUAUAGGUAAAUAUAACAGCGAUACCGUAGAGUAUCUGAAAACUGUUGCUACAACAGAAACUACUUUAAAUACUUAUUAUCUAUCUGAUAAUGUUAGUCCCUUGCCUCAUACCAGAACAGGGGCUACGAGUACGGCUGGUACUACGAAAAAAAAUAUCAUACAAACGGCUCCUCAAUAUUUAAAAGUUACAGAGUUAGUAAUAGACAAAAUCAAUACUCCGUUAGUAAGUAAGGCUGAACAAAAUACACAGUCGUCAAUCAGUACAUUAUCGGAAUCACUUCCGUAUACAGAAAAUCCAUUUCAUAGUAUAAUAUUACCUUAUAUUACAUAUACCACAGACGACAGUACUACAGAACGAAACAUUUCCACAGAUACAAAAAAAUACACGAAGUCUUUUUUUCCAAAGUCUACCCAAUAUAUUGAAUCACCAAUAACAGAGUUACAUGACACAACGGAUGCAAGUACAAUAAAGGACAGUAUAAUUGCAGAUAAAAGGAAUAUAUCACAUUCUUCAAAAUCAGAAACAUAUGCAACAACACAAAUGUAUUCUUACUUUGAUUUAUUGAAAAACAAUGAAUCAUAUACGCAUAAAAUUGACUCACCUAAUAAAAAUUCAACAAACAACGUUGUAAAACACAAGAAUGUGUUAGCUGAAGAACUUGUUAAUAACACAAAGCAUUAUAAUAUUGAAAACUUUAUAAAAAAUAAUCAAACAGCACUUCAAAAUGCAUCGACUGUUCUUUCAAGUGAAGAUAUGGGUUCUAAAAACUUAAAUAAAUCUCUUGCAACGGCAACAGGUCAAAAUAUGGCUAAGGAAGUUCACACAUAUAAUAAGCCUAACAAAUACGUUACAAAUAGUUUUGAUUACAUAAAUAUUUAUAAUUCAGUUGGCACGACGGACACUAGUGUAUCUUACAAAAGUAUAUCGCAAAAUAAAGAACAUUUAGUUUAUUUUUCAAUUGCUUCAAUUAAUUCUACAACCGAAGAAAAUUUAUUUACAUAUUUUCAAUCUGAUAAUACUAUGAACUAUUCCUCCGAUGUAAAAUAUGUUGUCUCAACUGAAGAAAGUAUUAAUAAAAGUGAAGAAAAAACUGAAAACAUCUUAAAAGGAACAAGGGAAAAUGAAAGUUUAAAAGCAGCAAGGGAAGAUUCACGAUUAAAGGAAAAAAUGUAUUUAACAGAUAUAAAGUAUAAUGUUACUAAUAGUCAUAUGGCAACAAAUAAGACAGAAGCGACGGAGAAAAAUUUAAUGAUUGAAUAUUUAACAGCUACAGACGCUUCAUAUAAAAAUACUACCUUUACAACUCUUAACAAUGAAACAGUCAAUCAAAAAGUUGCUACCGAAGGUAAUACGACAAACCAAAUACCUGGAAAUAUACAACCAAAAAAAAUUACCUCAUUGGAAAGUUCGAGCCAUUCUAUUGAAACAUCAAAAAGUAGAAACAGUGUGCACUCAAUACUUAAUACUACGAAAAUAAUUAAUAACGAUAAAACUAAUGCUAGUACUUCCAGUUGGGUAAACGUAACUCAAGCAAGUUACACAGCAACUGAUAUUACUAGAUAUAGCACAGAAAUAAUAAGUGGGGCAGUAACAGAUGAGAUAAUGAAAUUGCCAACGGCUCACCACAACACAACAAUAUCAACUAAAAUCAAGACAAGUAAUCAAAGAAAUGUAAGUAGUAUAGUAGACAGUACAGUAUCUUCGGGCGGAAUAAACAAUACUUACGUCAACAAGACAGUUCCUAUUGUUGUUUUUAAACAAGAUACAAAAACUGAGGCGUAUUACUUGAAUUCUACUGACCAAAGCCAACUACUUCAUUAUAAAUUAAUAAACAAUACAUCAGUACGCCAUAAUAAAAAUGUUAGAAAACCAGAAGUUGAAGACGAAGUUACCAAAAUCUCCUACGAAGGUGUAAUAACAACCGAUUCUACAGUUAUUUACAAUAAAUUCAUAGCAUAUAAUAGUCAUACAAGCAAAAGUGGGGUGACUCCUAAAACUAUUGACAAUGAAACACGAACAUUGCCGAAAAAGGAAAUAUUUGAAUUUGAAUGUAUGUCUGAGGGAAGAUAUAGCAAUAUUAUUAAUGACAAUUAUUACUAUAUAUGUGUAAAAAAUAAUGCUAGCUUUGUUCGAUUUAUGUUUCGCUGUCAAAAUGGUUACCAUGUUAAUAAAUCCACAGUCAAAUGCGAGUUAAAUAAAGGCGAUACAGAACAAAAUAAUUUUUUGUCCACGUUGAUCCCUCAAUCCUCAUCAGUGUUAUUCACAGAAAAUAUUACUAGAAGACCUGAAACGAUAAGUCAACAGGUUGAAAACACACCUGAGGGUCAUAAAACAUUCCAAGAUUUAUUAGAAGAACAAAAAAGCUCUAACCAAACUUCGAAAUUAGAAAUGAGUGAGACGAUAAAAAAUCAACCAGAUGAUGAUAUGAAACAAAAAAGUACAACUGUAAAUGCUAUCACAGAAAACAACAAAGAAUCUGAUGAUGAAGAAAAGGAUGUGAAUACUUCUAUAGAAAUUAUGGAAACGACUUCAGAAAAAAUAGAGCUAAAUCGACAGGAAAUACCCAAUGUCGAAGUAUUUACAAACAAUAUGAAAAAGUAUAAUAUGAAGCACGAUAUGCCAAUAAUUGAAAUAAUUCAAACCAGCACUACGUUAGCCCCACCAAAAGGACACGUUGUCACGAAAGCAAGUUGGAAUUUAGAUGAAGCAAACUGGAAUGUUUCCAAAUCUGAUUCAAACAUUAUGAAAGUUACUAGCGCUCCUCUCAUUCCCAGUAUCUUAAUAUUAUACAACCCUGUGUCAACGACCGUAAAUCCUAGUACAACUCCCAGUAAAACCACUAGAAUGGCAGUCACGAUUACUACGGAUAAACAUGAAAGUUUUGUAUGUCCCAGCAACAAAAGUGCAAGGUAUGCAGAGAAUAAUGAUUGCAGAACUUUUUAUAUUUGUGGAGGCAAGAGCAAACCCAUUGUCGGAAUAUGUCCUAUUGGCACAGUUUUCAGUGAUAUUAGGAAACAGUGCACAAAAAACUUAUCGCAUUGCAUUAGAAAUAAUGAAUUUGAAUGUACAAGAGGCGGAAGAUUUCGUGACAUUAUGACAGAUAUUAAUUACUAUAUUUGUGUCAAAAAUAAAGAACAUUUCACAAGAUUUAAGUUGCGUUGCCAAAAUGGAUAUCAUGUUAAUAAAAUCAGUGUGAAAUGUGAAAGAAAUAUAGAAAAGUCGUCUCUUUCACUCUACAGUAGUAUAGAAAGCAGCGAAAAAAGUUCAGUAGAAAUUAAAAAGGAACAGAAAAGAUCAACGGAAAGACACAGAGGAAAAAGGAGAAGUCACAGUUUCAAAUGUGUGGAGGAAGGUAAGUUUCCUGAUCCAAAUAACUGUCAAAAAUACUACGUGUGUUCUAAAAAGCAUGAUCGGUUGCGGAAAAAACGAAAACGCUGUAGACGAGGUGAAGUGUAUCAAAAAGAUAAACAUCGCUGCACCAGCGCGCAGAGAUAUGAUUAUAGCUGUAAAUAGUAGGGAAUAGGUAUUAGGGUUAUUUUAAAAAGUUUAUUAUUUAUUUAUCACAAUUUAUACUGUUGUUAAAAUAAAGUUAUUAAAAAAUGAGGUUUCUUUUAUUACGAGUAAGUAUGUUUGAUUAUGCAACGAUAACAUGC